AUGAACGCCAGCGACGAGACGCAACAACAACGGGUGAACGAUUUCACGGUGAAAGUCAAUAAUGAAGAGCUCAACGGGUACGCGCUUCGAUUGGGCGGAUGUUUGUGGAUAUACGUUGGAAGAGGCUCCCUCUCGUCACUCCAUUUGACGCAUUUCCCGCGAACGACGCCGAUCAUUUUCUCGUCUGAGGCAGAAACUGUUGACAAAGCGAUUGCACUACGAUUGGGCAAAUUGUUCCCGCAGCAACAGGUUUUCUUCUCGACCGAUCUUCUUGGCAGUGAUUCCGAGUAUUGGAAAAGGGUCUACGAUCAGCUUAAAGCUUUUUGCGCGGCUUUAACGGAUGAUGUCGCUUUCAAGAAAUGUUUCGCUGAUUGGUUCACGUUUUUUGCGGGCAAUGUCUUCAAAACCGGGAAAGAGAUUCUGAGGGACAAAACGCCAAAAGGAAAACUUGAUGCCGAAUUUGAGCAUGGGAUCAAAAAAGCGAAACAGGUUGAACCCUACACCGAUCCUUACCUGCCGAGACACCCGAAUGGAAUCAACGAGAAAACGGGCGAAGUCGGCGGACCGGCUGGCCCCGAACCGACGCGCUUCGGCGACUGGGAGCGGAAAGGACGAGUCACCGAUUUU